AUGAUCCCACGGUGGCUGCUGCUCACACUGAGCCUGCUGCUGGUAUGGGCUUCGCACCCAGCAGCGGCAAAGGGAAACGACCCGAAUGUCGUGACCCAUGAACUCAACGCUCCGCCCUUAGACCUGUUCUACUUCCGCGGCACAAACACCAUCCUCUACCGUGACAAGAAUUCCCUAACCGCGCAUGUCUCCUUUGACGGUGGCGAGAAAUGGGAGACCGUCAAAGGCAAGGAUGGAACCAUGGAAGGAACCGUCGAAUUGAUCUGGAGACAUCCGUUCGACGUCAACCGCGCGUACAUCCUCGGUGAGAAUGGCAAGCACUGGAUUACGACCGACCAGGCCAAGUCGUGGAAACCCUUCCAGGUGGAUGUACUGCCAUUCGCGUCGAUGCGCUCGUUCCCAUUGGAGUUCAAUGGCUGGGAUCCGAAGAAGGUCAUCUUCAUGGGUCUGGACUGCACUAUCCUUGGCUGCAUGCCCCAAGCGUAUUAUACCAUCGACGACUUCGAGAAUGUCCAGCCCUUGCGCGAGAUGACGCUCCAGUGUAUGUGGGCUGCGAGCCGCCCGCAGUUCGCAUUGGACAUCGACAUGCCGAAGUCGACAGGAGACCGGAUCCUCUGCGUGGUCCCUGGGUUGAAGGGGCCCUUUGAGCAUACCCGUACCGAGCGGUUGAUAUAUUCCGAUAAAUUUUUCAAAGACGAUCCGGAGGGUAUCGAGGCGAAAUUGGACCAUGGAAAACCGCUGAGCGGUAUCAGUCUUCAAGUCCGCUCUGUGUCCAAGUACAUCGUGGCGCGCCUUCAAUCGCGCGGUACGCAGGAGCAAGCUUUGUACGUCAGUGACGACUCGAAUGUGUGGCACCGCGCGGAGUUUGGCAAGCACCGCAUUGAAGAGGAUGCCUAUACUAUCUUAGAAAGCACCAACUACAGCAUCCAGAUCGACGUGCAAACCACCUGGCAUGAUAACCGGAUGGGAAGGCUUUUCUCGUCCAACUCCAAUGGCACCUACUUUACGCAAAAUAUCGAGCACACGAACGAGGACCUGAAUGGCUUGGUCGAUUUUGAGAAAGUCACGGGUAUCCAUGGUAUCACGAUCGUCAACACGGUCAAGAACUGGGAGGAAGCUGGGAAGUCUGACUCAAAUAAAAAGAAGCUUAUCAGCAGUAUCAGUUUUGACGAUGGGAGAACAUUCCAACCUCUCAAGGCUGAUAAAGACGACCUACACCUCCAUUCAAUGACCACCUACGCCGCGCUGCGGGAGAUGCCCAUGCCAGACCACCGCAUGUUCUCAAGCCCGGCUCCGGGCUUGGCCAUGGGCGUUGGUAACACUGGAGGUCACCUCGAGGACUACUCCAAGGGUGAUCUCUAUGUUUCAGACAACGCGGGUCUUACCUGGCGGCGCGCACUCAAGGGUCCGCACCGGUACGAGUUUGGCGACCAAGGAGGCGUGAUCAUGGCCGUCUUGGAUAGCAGCCAGACGGACAAUGUCCAAUUUUCCAUCGAUCACGGGAAAGAGUGGGAGUCGAUUGAUCUGAAGCAGAAGAUCAGGCCUCUGUUCCUGAUCUCAACGCCGGAUUCGACCAGCCUCAAGUUCCUACUCGUUGGUAUUUCCAGCGACAACACCAAAGUCCUCAUGUUUUUUAUUGACUUUGAUGGCCUCCACGAGCGCCAGUGUGGCCCUGGAGACCUUGAAGAGUGGACUGCUCGUUUAAAUGAAAAGGGCGAGCCGGAUUGUCUGAUGGGUCAGAAACAGUUCUUCCAACGCCGUAAGGCAAAUGCGGAUUGCUUCAUCAAGAAGGAAUUCGCCAUCAGCGGCCCUGAAUUCAAACCCUGCAAGUGUUCUGCCGAAGACUUUGAAUGCGACUACAACUUUGUUCGCAGCGAGGACCGCAAGGAGUGUGUACCGGCUGCCCCGCUGACACCCCCGGCUGGCAAGUGCAAUGAGCCCAGCGAUAAGUAUAUGGGCCCCUCAGGAUGGCGACUCAUCCCCGGCAACGCAUGCAUCCGCGAAGGUGGCGAGGAUCUCGAGCGCCAGAUUGAGCGCUCCUGCUCGAAUGUCACGGGGCCUCCUCUCAUCACCGAUGGCAAACCUCGGGCAGGAAAGCCACAGACCAUCUCUGCCAAGAAUACAAACUACUUCUAUCUCGAACGACAGGCCAGUAACAACGGCAUUGAUGAGACCAUCAUGAUGCUCACAGAUAAAUACGAGCUGCAUAUCUCGCGCGACCAUGGCCGGAACUGGAAGCAAAUCCACCCGGAGGAGAAGUUUACGGAAAUGGUUCCGCAUCCUUACUUCAGUGAUGCGGCUUUCUUCCUCACCGACAGCAAGAGGGUGUACUACACUAUCAAUCACGGUGAUUCUUUCCACUUCUUUGACGCUCCCAGUGUGCCGACCAAGGAGAACAUCCGCGCGCUCGCUUUCCAUGAGAAGUUCCAGGACUCCCUUAUCUGGAUUGGUCACAAGGACUGUGAGGGGAAGAACUGUCGCUCGCAGGCGUACGUUACCGACAAGCGAGGCGCUAGUUGGGACCCGAUGCUUAUUGGGAUCGCCGACGGCGGUUGUAACUUUGGAUAUCAUGAGGGCCGCAACAACAGUGAAAAACUGGUGAUUUGCGAGCAAUAUAAAGAUGAGGAAAAGAACAACAACCGGCAGCUGGUUCUCAGUGAUGAUUAUUUCUCUACCAUGGACGUCAAGUUUGAGAACAUCGCCCGUUCCGCUACCAAGAAUCGCUUCGUCGUCGUCGCCUGGUACGAAGGAGACCAGAAGGAAUACCUGAAUGCCAGCGUUAGCGUCGACGGCCGCACUUACGCUAACGCACACUUCCCUUUCAACAUCAAGGUCCCCCAGUAUACUGUCCUACCUAGCUCCCCGCACGCAUUGUUCCUCCUUGUGAUUGCGAACGGGGGAGAUAAACGGAGCUUCGGCUCCCUAGUCAAAAGUAACAGCAACGGCACCUACUUCGUCCAGAGUCUCGAGGGGCUGAACGUCAACGACCGCGGCUACACGGACUACGAUGAGUUGCAAGGCCUUGAGGGCGUGGCCAUUGCCAAUGUGGUUUCGAAUCGGGAAGAAGUUCUGAAUAAGGGCGCGACCAAGAAGCUACGCACUAUGAUCACCCACAACGACGGUGGUCAGUGGAUGCUUCUGGCUCCCCCGAGUCAAGAUGUCGAUGGCAAGAAAUUCGAUUGCUCCGUUACGGAGAGUAGAGGCACCGAGAAAUGCGCUCUCCAUUUCCACGGCUACACCGAACGCCGCGAUUACCGCGACACCCUCUACUCGGGCUCCGCCAUCGGCCUGAUGCUCGCGCUCGGCAACGUCGGUGAGCAUCUCACCAGCGCAAGCGAAGCCGACACAUACCUCACCAGGGACGGCGGCAUCACCUGGACGCAAGUCAAGAAGGGACAGUACAUGUGGGAAUUCGGCGCCGCAGGCUCAGUAAUCGUACUCGUCAGCGACCGGAAGGCAACCAAGGUCGUACACUACACACUCGACGAGGGUGUGAGCUGGCACGAGUUCCAGUUCGCCGAAAAGGAACUGGUCAUCGACGAUAUCUCGACCGUGCCAUCAGAUACAUCGAAGAACUUCCUGCUCUGGGGAAUGGACGGCGGCAAGCGUGUCACCAUCACACUUGACUUCAGCGGUAUCUGGAGCCGCGACUGUAACGACGAUGAAAACGAUUACUAUAACUGGGCGCCCUCUCAUCCCUUCCAGGAAGAGAACUGUCUCUUCGGCCAUGUCGAGGAGUACCACCGCAAGAAACCUGCUGCUGAGUGCUGGAAUGCCUGGCGUGAGCCACACAUCCACAGCAUCGGCCGGAACUGCACUUGCACCCGUGCUGAUUUCGAAUGCGAUUACAACUACGAAAUCCAAACCGACGGCAGCUGCGGCCUCGUCCCGGGCCUCCAACCCCAAGACCACAUCGCACAAUGCGCCCAAGACCCCGAGAAGGUUGAAUACUGGGAACCAACCGGCUACCGCCGAAUCCCGCAAACAACCUGUGAAGGCGGCCUCCUCCUAGACCAGGACGUGUCAAAACCGUGCCCAAACAAAGAAGAGGAAUACCAAAAGAAGCACGGCAUCAGCGGAACAGGUCUAUUCUUCGCGAUCGUGACACCGAUCGCUGUCGCCCUCGCCGUCGGCUGGUAUGCGUACACGCACUGGGACGGCAAAUUCGGCCAGAUCCGGCUGGGCGAUGGCGGAGUCGCGUCGCAGAGCUGGGUAUCCAGGGACUCGGUGCUAGUUGCGGUGCCUGUGGCGAUUAUCGCGGGUGUUGUUGCCGUUGCGCAGUCUCUGCCGUUACUUGUUAAGAGUUUGGCGCGGAGCACGUCUGGGUUGUUUGGGAGACGAGGCGCGCAGAGACCUUAUGCUACGCGUGGCUCGUUUGCGGCGAGGAGGGGGGAUUAUUCUUCUGUUGUUGAUGAUGAGGAUGAGUUGCUUGGAGCUGAUGAUUUUGAUGAUGAGGAGGAGCAAGCUUAG